AUGGUAGAGGAAGAUCACAAGGUGGGCGAGGAGGAUAUCAUUGAGGCUGUUGAGUUCGAGGUAAUGGUAAUGCAGGUAGAUGAGCAGCGAACCAAGAAAGGAGGUAAGACUGAGGCAGAGACAUCUGAUGAAGUGCUCACAAGUACUAUUCUCGUUUGUGACUGUAUAGCUAAUGUAUUAUUUGAUCCGGGUUCUAAUUUUUCAUACGCGUCAAUUCAGUUUGCCUUGGGAUUUGAUGCGGUUUCUGAUUCUGUGACUCUAGAGAUCCCGGGUAGGGAAAAGUUAGAGUGGGAAAUGGUGUAUAUGCCUAAGCCAGCUAAGGUCAUAUCCUCCAUUCAGGCUAGAGAUAUAGAUUUUUGCAUUGAUUUGGAACCUGGUACCUGCUCCAUUUCCAUUCCUCCUUAUCGCAUGGCUCCGGCGAAGUUAAGAGAGAUUAAGGCUCAAAUUGAGGAACUUCUUGAUAAAGGGUGUGUUAGUUUUUCUAAGAUUGAUCUAAGGUUUGGUUACCAUCAGUUAAAGAUUUGGCCUGAGGAUGUACCAAAUAUGACAUUCAGGAACCGCUAUGUGCACUAUGAGUUUUUAAGUAAUGAAAAGCAUGCCGACCAUCUUCGUAUUGUUCUGGGUGUUCUUGGGAGACAAAAGUUAUAUGCCAAAUUUUUCAAGUGUGAGUUCUGGUUGGAUUCAGUCGCCUUUUUGGAGCAUGUAGUUUCAAGGGAAGGGACAAGGUUGACAAAGAAGGAGGUACCUUUCAAGUGGACUAAUAAGUGUGAAAAGAGCUUUCAAAAGCUCAAAACAUUUCUGACCACAACACCUAUUUGGGGACUACCGGUGGAAGGUGUGACCAAGAUGUACCGAGAUUUGAAGCGACCUUAUUGGUGGCCUGACUUGAAGAAAAACAUAGUUGAAUUUGUGGUAAGUGUCAAAACUGUCAAUAGUUACCACACCAUCAUUGACAUGGCACUAUUCGAGGCACUUUAUGGAAAGGGAUGCAGAUCACCCAUAGGAUGGUUUGAUGCUGGAGAUGUGAAACCUCUAGGGGUUUACUUGUUCAAGGAUGCUCAGGAUAGGUAUGAACUGCGUGAUCCUACCAGUACACUAGUAAUGUGUACUAAUUCUGCAGUUGCUCAUUCUUUGUUGAGUACAGGGCAUCUUCAGGCGGCUACUGAUAGGCCUCGGCUAAGAGAUUAA